AUGAUUCCGCCAUGCGAUCCGGUCAUUCUUGAAAAUAACCCUCAAUUUAAGAGACUUUAUACCCACCUGACGACAACUCUACUGAACCCCGAUGGCUCCACUCGCGCCCAGGAUGCGCAACCGGCUCGACAAGCCGUUGUGGAAGAGGUGAAAGCCUGCCGGAUACGAGACGCGAAAAAGCAAAUUAAGAAGCAAGCCUUGCGACGACUGGCAUUCGACCCGGACAGCGGGCUCCCCGACGAUUGCCGAGAUCCCGUCGCCAUCAUAACCCUCUAUCUCGAAUCCUCCCCCGACUUACUCAAGCUUGACGACGACCCCAGCGAUGCAGCAACAGACGCGCAAUUACUCCUCGCACCAGACAUCGACGAAUUCUACUCCAACCUCCCUCUCCUAGCCACUCCUCUAUCGAACGUCCUUUCCCAAACGCUCAACGACAUCCGCACAAUCGCCAAUGCAGGAUCAUCGGACUCCUCAGACUCCGGAUCUACAUCAAGACCCAAUGAACCGCCCCGAACAACCCGCGCACGCAAUCGCCAGGCCAUGCUCAGGUCCAUCGCGCAGGUUUCACUCGCCUCCCAGCUCGGAGACCGUAUCCGCGCCCUGCGCCAGAUACAAUUGACGGAGCUUCCAACAGCUCGGACCCGGAUGGCAGCGACGGCGGCGGAGGUGCUCGCGACGCGGGCAGCAGUGCUGGAGCGCACGGUGAUGCUUCUGGAGCGGGCGAAACAUGGGGCGAUGGCUCGGGCGGCGAAGGCGAAGGCGGACCAUUUGGUUGCGGUGGCUCAGGGGAUAGAGGGGAAGCUUAAUGUCACGAAACUCGAAAUUCUCGCAACGAUACAUACACCAGAGGUUGUGGAUGCGCUACAUAGGUAUUACCAGCAUCUUCGGGAAACGAGGGAACGGCUGGAGGAAAGACGUGCUAUGGCGUUGGAUGAGUUAAAGAGCUACGAGGGUAGUAUUGAUGGAGCCGGGCGCGGACCGAUGAAGGAGCUUGCGCGACAGUAUGGAUCGUUGAUUCAGGAGGUAGAGGAUGUGAGGAUGGAGAUUGAACGAUUGCAUAACCCCUCGAACUAUAUAAAAACGAGAAUAAAAAUGGCCGACGAAGCCCUCUCCAUCUACGACGAGAUCGAAAUCGAAGACAUGACCUUCGAUCCCGUUCUCCAGAUCUACCACUACCCGUGUCCCUGUGGCGACCGAUUCGAAAUCGCCAUCGACGAUCUCCGUGACGGCGAGGAUAUUGGUGUUUGUCCCAGUUGUAGUUUGAUGAUUCGGGUGAUUUUCGAUCAGGUAAUAUACUCUUUCUCCUUCCCGUCUUUGUCUUUUUGGGAUUUCCUAUACAUGAUUGGGAUUAGUUGUGCUGAUUAUGUGAUGUUAGGCCGAUCUUCCCAAGGACGGUGAUGAUAAGAAUGGGUCGGCGGCUGUUGCUGUUCAGGCUUAAAUGAUGGGAUUUGAUCUGAUCUGCCGGUUGGGUUGGGUCUGAUUUUGAUUGAAAAUUGGAUUGGGUUGGAUUGGCUCGCUCGCGGACGAAUGAUUGUUGCGCCUGGGUACCUUCAACGAUACCUCGGACGAACGACGAAGUAUUCGCUGCGAGAUGUGUGUCGACUUGAGGACGUCGCUUGAUGAUAGUAUCAGUGGAUGUCACGGUUUGAGCAGCAGCAGCUGUUGCUGCUGCUGCGACAGCAAAUACUCGACAUGCUAUAUACAGCUUGCUGCGCUAGAAAGCGAGCGCAGGCGCAGAGCCGAUGCCGCGCCAGUAUAACACGGGCGCAUAUGACGCAGGAUAGCUGUAUAUGCGCUACAUGGGGCAGGCCAAAUGAGUCAACGAUGACGGAAAUGAAUGGAUGAAUGAAUAUUCCACUUGGAUAUGUUGUCUGCGCACAAGUACUCUACACUAGUACCGCGCCGAAUUGUAUUAUCUACUACCAGGUACUACAACACUAAAUAACUAGCACACA